AUGUUUAUAUCUAAAUAUGUCUUGUGUGCCCCUAACCUCCUCACUCUCCCUACCCGCCCCUUCUCACACCCACACUCCGCCCCUUCUCACACCCCCAGUCCACUCACACCCACACCACACUCCGCCCCUUCUCACACUCCCAGUCCACUCACACCCACACCACACUCCGCCCCUUCUCACACCCCCAGUCCACUCACACCCACACCACGCUCCGCCCCUUCUCACACCCCCAGCCCACUCACACCCACACUCCGCCCCUUCUCACACCCCCAGCCCACUCACACCCACACUCCGCCCCUUCUCACACCCCCAGCCCACUCACACCCACACUCCGCCCCUUCUCACACCCCCAGCCCACUCACACCCACACUCCGCCCCUUCUCACACCCCCAGCCCACUCACACCCACACUCCGCCCCUUCUCACACUCCCAGAGCACUCACACCCACACUCCGCCCCUUCUCACACCCCCAGCCCACUCACACCCACACCACGCUCCGCCCCUUCUCACACUCCCAGAGCACUCACACCCACACUCCGCCCCUUCUCACACCCCCAGAGCACUCACACCCACACCACGCUCCGCCCCUUCUCACACUCCCAGAGCACUCACACCCACACUCCGCCCCUUCUCACACCCCCAGCCCACUCACACCCACACCACGCUCCGCCCCUUCUCACACUCCCAGAGCACUCACACCCACACUCCGCCCCUUCUCACACCCCCAGAGCACUCACACCCACACCACGCUCCGCCCCUUCUCACACUCCCAGUCCACUCACACCCACACUCCGCCCCUUCUCACACCCCCAGUCCACUCACACCCACACCACGCUCCGCCCCUUCUCACACUCCCAGUCCACUCACACCCACACUCCGCCCCUUCUCACACCCCCAGAGCACUCACACCCACACCACACUCCGCCCCUUCUCACACUCCCAGUCCACUCACACCCACACUCCGCCCCUUCUCACACCCCCAGCCCACUCACACCCACACCACACUCCGCCCCUUCUCACACCCCCAGUCCACUCACACCCACACCACACUCCGCCCCUUCUCACACCCCCAGCCCACUCACACCCACACCACACUCCGCCCCUUCUCACACCCCCAGUCCACUCACACCCACACCACGCUCCGCCCCUUCUCACACCCCCAGUCCACUCACACCCACACUCCGCCCCUUCUCACACCCCCAGAGCACUCACACCCACACCACGCUCCGCCUCCUCUCACACUCCCAGUCCACUCACACCCACACUCCGCCCCUUCUCACACCCCCAGUCCACUCACACCCACACCACGCUCCGCCCCUUCUCACACCCCCAGCCCACUCACAACCACACCACGCUCCGCCCCUUCUCACACUCCCAGUCCACUCACACCCACACUCCGCCCCUUCUCACACCCCCAGCCCACUCACAACCACACCACGCUCCGCCCCUUCUCACACUGCCAAACCGCCCCAUCCCAAACCAACACCACGCUCCGCCCCUUCUCACACUCCCAGUCCACUCACACCCACACUCCGCCCCUUCUCACACCCCCAGAGCACUCACACCCACACCACGCUCCGCCCCUUCUCACACUUCCAGUCCACUCACACCCACACUCCGCCCCUUCUCACACCCCCAGAGCACUCACACCCACACCACGCUCCGCCUCCUCUCACACUCCCAGUCCACUCACACCCACACUCCGCCCCUUCUCACACCCCAGUCCACUCACACCCACACCACGCUCCGCCUCCUCUCACACUCCCAGUCCACUCACACCCACACUCCGCCCCUUCUCACACCCCCAGUCCACUCACACCCACACUCCGCCUCCUCUCACACCCCCAGUCCACUCACACCCACACCACGCUCCGCCUCCUCUCACACUCCCAGUCCACUCACACCCACACUCCGCCCCUUCUCACACCCCAGUCCACUCACACCCACACCACGCUCCGCCUCCUCUCACACUCCCAAACCGCCCCAUCCAAAACCCACACUCCGCCCCUUCUCACACUCCCAACCCUCCCCACUCCACGCUCCGCCCCUUCUCACACUCCUGCCCUUCCCGAUCUCAAACCUACACUCCGCCCCUUCUCACGCUCCCAACCGCCCCAUCCCACACCACACUCCGCCCCUUCUCACGUUCCUAACCCGCCCCAUCCCAAACCCACACUCCGCCCCUUCUCACGUUCCUAA